CGUCGAUAUAUCAAUUAUCAGAUUAGAUUACAAUUGAUUACAUCGACUUCCUUUUUGUUUCGUUAAAAGUUCAAGUUCACAUUAUGACGUCAUUUUAUAACGGUUAUAAUUAUCACAAAAAAAUGUUGGAAUUGCAAGAAAAAUUACGGAAAAGCGAGGAAAGAAGGAUAAGAUUAGACGAGAGAUUCAAAGUACUUGUGCAAGAAUCUCGUAAUAGGCACGAUGCGUGUAUAAAUAAAUUGCGUUACAAGUACAUAGAAUCUUUAGGAGCACAACGUACAAGGGAUGAAAGGAAUUACAAACUUCUCGAAGCACUGGAUAGAGUAGACAAUAGCCUUGCAUCGAUGACCUCAAAAACAAACAGACUCAAUGUUCUUAGGAAACAAUACGAAGCUUAUUUUCGUGAAAUUUAUGCAGUUCACAACCCACCAAGACGUAUUAUCGGUAACGGUAGUACGACCGAUCCAAUUGAAUGCAGACAUUUGAAAAGAAAUAACAUCGGGGAACAGAUUCAUUUACCUAACGAAGUCAAACGCAUUUCGUCGCCACAAAUGUUUCAGAAAAAUGUUGAAACGAAUCGAUGCGUAUUCCCUUCCGUGUCAAAAUUCACUAAAUCGAUGCAAAAUAUGUAUUCUAAUAAUUCCCAACAGAAUAUACAAUUAAGAGCGUCGAACGAACGAAGAAGCGACAGUCGGAGUUCUUUGCGAACGAAUUUAAGCGUUCAACGAUCAUCAUUUCCGGAUUUGUCGUCGCAAAAUGAUCGAGAGGAUCAAGAAUAUUGUAACGACAACAUGAAUCUUGUUUCCCAUAAUUUUCAAGUACAUUCUAGUCCACGUAUUCCAAAUGCAUCCUCGUAUUCGGAAAUGAAUUUGUUAAACCAAAGGACCAUCGAGGAUUUCAAUAAAUCGUCGCCGCAGCGGAUGGGAACGAUUCAAACUAGGCCACGUCUCGUAAUACCUGAACGUUCUAACGACUGUGUAUUUCAGUAUAAAGGGACGAGCGUAGUUGAAAAUCGAACUACAUCGUCAACUUCACAGAAUUGUAUUAAUCCAUCGUCGAUGAUGGAAUAUUUUCCACAGAAAAAUAAUAAAAUAUUGUUAAAUAAUUCAUAUACGCCGACAAAGAACGAUGACGAAAUGAUAGGGUUUGAAACUACCCCGAUGAUUAUGUCGAAUACUCAAUUAAAUUUUCCUAAACGAUCUCCAUCAAGUUACUUGGACCAUUCUUUAAGAAUAUCUGAAUAUUGUGAAAAUCCAGUCCCGGAGGCUCGUACGCGUUCGUUAAGGGACACGCACGACAAUUAUAUGAUGAAACGACACGAAAACUUUGCUCGGAAAGUUCUUCCAGAAGAAAAUAAUGGCGUAACAAACGAGCUGGACAGAUACAUUGACAGAGUUCGAAAACUUUAUCGCGAUCUUGAGGUAGAAAGCUUGAUAGGAGACAACGAGGAUCGGAAUAAAAGUGAAGAUACUUUUAAUGCGACUUUGUUGGACGACGAAGUAGAAUUUUUACCGGAAAAUAAACCAAAAGAAAACGUUACAUUUAGACCGGUGAAUUCAAACGGCGCGAAAAAUGGUGAAAAUAAAAAUAGAGUUUUCGAUCUGAUUAAAAGCACGCAAAUUAACGCACCGAAGGAAAUUUCGAAGGAAAUGACGCAAGUAAAAGACGAUACGAACGAAUUGAAAUGUGAAAAACAGAAUACCGAUGAUACAUUAAACGAAUACGAACAAUUAUCUAAAGUGCAACAAGAUGACGAGCAUGUUGCUAUUAUUGUUUCAUCGAACGACAAUGACAUGAAAGAGAAUGGUAAUGACACUACAUUUGAAGAUAAACGAGAGGACAAACUCUACGAAAGAGAUGCCAUUGAUUUUGCAGAACAAUCGAAAUUACAGCAAUAUUCGUUCGACGUUGUCGAUGAAUUAGAGCCAUGGAAUUUCGAUGAUAUCCAGAAACAAGUAAAACUAACAGAUUUAAUCGAUGAAAUUAAACAGCAAUCCGUGGAAAAACAGCCGACUGUUGACGAAUUUGAGUUAAACCAUGCUAAUAUAGAGGAAAUCAAACUUUCCAAUGAGGCAAACGCUGUGGAAAGUGAAGCAGAUGAGCAAAAUGUUGAAGAAAACAAAGACGUGGAAAUUUUGGAUUCUAAUGAUAUGGAAGAUCAAUCACAGCAACAGCAUGACGUAUGUUUUGAUAUAGAAAAAUCGUUACCGAACGAAAACGAAGUUGUUACUUCGCAAUACGAAGAAUUAGAGAGUAAAGGUGAGAAUUGUAUUACUAACGAUAAUAUGCUUCAAAGUGCAGAGUUUCUUCCGAAUAAAUUUGAUGAAGAGAAAAAGCACGAUAAUGAGCAGGAAGAAGAAUAUGGUGAAUCGAGUCAAGCGUCUUGUGUAAAUGAAAACGAUGACCAGGAAAUUAUAACAUCGAGUAAAGAGAGUAAUGAUUAUAUCAAAGAAUACAACGAAGAAGAAAAUGAUACCCACAACGCCGAAACACCGUCUGCUGAUUUAAACAAGGAAUUUAAUUACGAUCAAAAUGUCACCCACGUGCAGGAAUCGAAUAUAGAGUUGGCUAACAAUCCUGAAAAUCAGUAUGAACACGAUACCGACGUUCAGUAUCAAGAAAACUUGAAUCAACAAUAUUCCUCUACUUGUAAACAACAACGCGAUCCUAAUCAGGUAGAUCUUUCGCAAGAGCAACAAGAUAAUACAGAACGCGAACAAAAUGAAAACAGUAAAGAACAACAGGAGGAAUCGAAGGAUCAAGAAGUAGAAAAGGUUUUGGAAAAACAAGAUGAGAAUGAAAGUAGCAGCGAAAAGUUAUCUACCGAACAUGAGUUUAAGAAAAAGAAAGACGUAAUUAAAUCUUUAUUAGAUUCCGAUACAGAUAGCAUAAUAGAACGGAAUGCUUCAAAUACGGAAAGUGAUUUUGAUUUCAAUUAGAACGCAAUAGCUGUCGAGUAGCUUUAAAUGAAAUUGAUUGAAAAUUUCAUUUCUGAACGUAUAAUACAUACAUGUAUGUACAUAUAUUUAGAGAGAGAGAGAGAGAGAGAG